AUGGCUUACAACAACAACGACUACGGCGGCGGCGGCUACGGCCAGUCGAACCCGUACGCAAACAACACCAACGAUGCCUACAGCAAUCCUCCUCCCGCAUAUGGCGGCCACAAUGUCGAGAUGCAGCCACUCGCACAGCACGGCGCUCCCUACUCGGCGACUCCUGAGCCACAACGCGAUCCCAAUGCCAUCCUCAACGAUUGUCGUGCGGUCGGGCGUGCCAUUGACGACCUCGAGGGCCGACUACAGGAGCUAUCACGUCUCCAGAAGAACUUCAUCUCUGGCAGCGGCGCCAACAACAAGGAUGUGGACUCCCUCAGCGCCGACAUAAUGAGUGGCUACCGAGGGCUAGCCGAUCGUGUGAAGCGUAUCAAGGGACAGCCAGAUGCUGGCAGCCCUCGCAACAAGGCACAGGUCGAGGCUCUGGACCGCAGAAUUCGCAAGGCUAUUCAGUCAUACCAAACCACCGAGUCUGCGUUCCGCAAGGAGGUGCAAGAGCAGCAAAGAAGACAAUACCUGAUCGUCCGCCCAGAUGCCACGGAGAUGGAGAUUCGGGAAGCGACAGAGGCCGGUGCGGACACCCAGAUCUUCCAGCAGGCGCUGCUCAACGCAGACCGGAGAGGCCAGGCACAGAGUACAUUGCGUAACGUGCAGCAGCGUCAUGAGGCCAUCCAGCAAAUCGAGCGCACCAUGAUCGAGCUGCAGCAGCUGUUCCAGGAUCUGGAUGCUAUCGUUGUUCAGCAAGAGGCACCUGUCAUGGCUAUUGAGCAAAAGGCGGAGGAGACACACACGCAUCUCGAGGCUGGUAAUGUGCAUGUCGGCAAAGCAGUUGACAGCGCUCGUGCUGCACGCAAGAAGAAGUGGAUCUGCCUUGGCAUCUGUGUCGCCAUCAUCGUCAUCAUCAUUAUCAUCGUGCUCGCAUACGGUGCUACGCAAGGCUGGUUCAAGUCGAAGGAUAGCACCUAG